UGCUGAUACUGCAUAAGCAGAAGCACAUUCAAAAACAAAGGAAUUCAAUAUUAAGGCUAAACAAGAGAAGCCACCCGAAACUGAUACCGACCGCGACCAACCGACGACAGUGAAUAUAAAAUAAAAUAUAAAAAGAAUAAAUCUUCAGGCUCAUGACUCGUAACUCGAAUCUGAAUGACCUAUUUAAGAUUAGACUCUAAAUCAAUAAAAUAAGUGCAUAAAGUUAAUCUUAAGACAAGAAGUUCGAAAAAGUCUAAUUUGCAAAAAUAUCAAUGCUAUAAUCAAUUUCGAAAAUGAUAAAGAAAGCAAAACUAUUUAUAAUUCUUAUUAUCGUUAUCGCCGCCGCUUCUAUUUCUGUGGUCCACUCAAGGUCGACGCAGUCUAUUGAUAGGGAUACGGAAAGUGCUAGUGCAAGUGGUAGACACAAACGACUAUCGCCUGUGGUCUUUGUACCCGGCGAUGGUGGCAAUCAGCUCGACGCUCAACUCAAUAAGACCUCUAGUGUGCACGUGUUCUGCCAGAAACACACCGACUGGUUCAACAUCUGGCUUAAUCUGGAGCUCCUCGUACCGCUGGUAAUAAGUUGCUGGAUUGACAAUGUGAAGUUGCAGUAUGACAACAUAACGCGGACAACGCACAACACGCCCGGGGUUAAGAUCCGCAUACCUGGGUGGGGCGAUCCCGAGGUGGUCGAAUGGAUCGAUCCCACUAAAGCAAAGUCUGGAGGCUAUUUCAAGGACAUCGCUGACCAGUUGGUUCAACUCGGCUAUGAACGGAAGAAGUCGAUAUUUGGGGCGCCCUACGACUUUCGCAAAGCUCCAAAUGAGAAUGCCGAAUGGUUUAUCAACCUCAAGCAGUUGGUUGAAGAUGCAUACGAUUUGAAUGACCAGACCCCAAUCACAUUCAUCACACACAGCAUGGGAAGUCCCAUGACGUUGGUGUUCUUGCAACGACAAACCCAACAAUGGAAGUCAAAAUAUGUCGCCAGAGUAGUGAGCGUCGCUGGGGCGUGGGCUGGCAGCGUUAAGGCGGUCAAAGUCUAUGCCAUGGGUGAUGAUUUGGAUUCGUUUGCGCUUAGUGGAAAGGUGAUGCGUGAACAACAAAUUUCGACGCCAUCCACAGCCUUCCUCCUUCCAUCGCCAUUAUUCUGGAAGAAUUCCGAAGUUCUCGUUGAGACACCAUCGCGACAAUACACUAUGUCUCAGUUGGAGGACUUCUUCAAUGACAUCGAUUUCCGAGAUGGCUGGGAGAUGCGAAAAGACAACAUCAAAUACUCGUUGAAUUUUGCUCCGCCAGAUGUUGAGUUGCAUUGCAUCUACGGCUCGAAUGUGGCUACAGUAGAGAAAUUGGUCUACAAGAAGGACAACCUAGUCGGAGAGAUUCCGAUGCUUAUCAAAGGCGACGGCGACGGCACAGUGAAUUCUAGAUCUCUUAAAGCCUGCCAAUAUUGGCAGAAUUUUCAACGGCCAAAUAUAACACUUAUUGAUGUGCCAAAUGCGGAUCAUAUGUCGAUUCUGGGUGAUCCUCAGGUUCUUAAAUACAUAAGAACUAUUUUUUCAUAAAUCCAAAAACAAAUCAGAAAUUAAUUGAUAUCAUUUGCCUGGCGGCUAUGGCAAAUGAAUUUAUUAAUAACGACAAUUUUAGGUAUUUUACUUUGUACUCAUUUCGGAAAUAUUGAUAAGAUUACUUUAAUUAAUAUUAAUUAUGUAUGUAAAGAUAAAAUUAAAGGCUUUUUUCUAAAUAAAACUGUUAUCAUUAGUUUGGAA